AUGUCUGCAAUUAUAUCAGCUGUAUUUAAAGCCACCAUCGGCUUGAUCGUGGAUAAAGGAAGAGAUGUAGCAGCGGAGAGGCUGAAAGAAGGUGACGUGGCUGAUCAGAAAUUUCGCAGCCUCAUCGUGCGUGAUUUGAAAGAGAUCCACUACAAGUUGGAUGCUUUAUCACAAAAGGAUCUUAAUGCAGCUAUAGACUUCUUUGAAACAGGACUCGGAUGUCUAUACAAGGCAGUCGAUACAAUGCGCAGUGCUAAUGUUAGUUUGGGAGCAGCGAAGGUAUCUGAAAGAAAUGAAGAAGGUGACUUUAAACAAGUAACUUUGCCCUCGGACACUGACCCUGAAAAGACAUUAGUCCUUGCAGAUGGAAUAAGAAACAUGCAACUAACUGAGUUGGAUGAAACAACGAAAAGUCUGCUUUCUGACGCACUAGAGAAAUUCAGAUUAGCUGUUGAAGACGCGACACACGCCUGUAACAAUGAAGCCCUCAGCACUUUUGACCGAAUCACAGCCAUUCGAUAUCGUGUUAUGGCGGCUAUGUUAAAGUCAGCAGCUGAGACAGUGAGAACCACUGGUGACUUGACAAGUACUUUGCAGAAAGCAUUACCAGAGUGCGAACAGUGCCUGAAGAAACUCAAUUCGUUACCUGCUGUUCAAAACAGCUAUAAAGUGGAGCUCAGUAAAGGUCUCCUAAACAUAAGAGGUCAGUUUGGUAAAGAUGAACGGAUGCAAAUAAUUUCCACUGUAUGUCAGGUAAAUCGCACCAUCUACGAUGUCAUGCGAACGGUUGGUAAAGACGUACAUGUCUUGGCGUGGCCAUAUGUUGACACCGGAGAAGAUAAAGUUGACCCUCUUCGCGAUGUAAGAGUGUUACAAGUGUUGGAGAAAUCAGAGAAAGUUGACAUGGAGCACUACCGCAUUACACCGGGGUUGUCGUUUGAUAUGCCAGGCAUCCACUGUGCUACUAACACCGUGGGACAGUUUCUGAUUGCAGGAGAGCGCGGGGAAACCGUGCAUGUUUUCGAUAAAAAUGGUAUGUUUCAGUUUAGGUUUAGGCCCCAAACUGAUGAUGCUAAAACUAAGAUUCAAAUUCGUGAUCUCGUCACUGAAGACGUUAGCGAGAAGAUCUAUUUACUGAUCGGACUGUACAAUGAAGAACGAUGGGAGUCAAGUGAAGUGCAGGUUUUAAACAAAACCGGUGACCUUCAGUACAAGUUUCCUGUGACACGCGAGAGUAGACUGGUAGUUAGCGGCAGCAAACUAGUAAUAUUGGGAUCAAGGGAGGCUGACGUUUACGAUCAGAAUGGUGAGUUUGAUCGUAGUUUUGAGGUUUUCAAGAGUGGACGCGACAAGUAUUUAUUUGAUUGCACUGCUACUUACGAUGGUCGCAUCAUGAUAACUCACCGUAAAAGAGACUACAGCGAUUACCACUGUGUUCAUGUAUUCACAAUGGAGGGAAAGGAGAUUGCAAGAUUCAGAUCUGGCGUCGGAUUAGAUUUAGCCUUCAUGCGCUUUUCACCUCGCUCUGCAGGUGAACAUGUUGUCAUCGCUGGUUACAAUAGAGAGGAUGGGAUCAUAACAGUGGAGUUAUACACUGUGGAUGGAAAACUAGUGCGAAGAGUUCUGCUGCGUAAUAAAAGUAGAUUUCUUUUUGAUGGAAUUACGGUGACCAUGGAAGGACACAUCGCUGUGUUUUUUGGUGGAAAGGCCGUUGUAUACAAAAACUAAAAGACGCGGCUUUUUGCCUGGACAAAUAUUGUGAGGAAUUUCAUACAAAACAACUGAGUUACAGCACAAAUCAUAACUAUAACAAAAUUCUCAAAUCUGAUUGACUAUCAACUGCCCUGAUUUUAGCGUUAAUAGGACAGUACGCAUCAUUCCUAAGUAAUUGGACAGUACGCGCCAUCACCCGCGCGCUUAACUGGAUUUUUUUUACUGGUAGCAAAAAAAAAUCUUAGAAUUUCUUGUUUUUUGAUUAUACAAAGAGCCUUAUAAAUAAAAAAUUUUGUUAAAGUUAUGAUUAAUUUGUAACAGAACUUCGUGUCGUUUAAUUCGGUCUAUAAUCAUACUCUUGAUUAUACAAAUCGGGCUCCCGUUACGCGGUCAUCCGAUUUGGUUAAUCACGAGUAUGAUUACAGACCGAGCUGGACUCCACUCAGUCCUGUUACCAUUACUAACAAGCUUUUUCUUUUCAAAAAUAUCAUAUCUCUAUAUAUUUUAUGAAAUCUAUUAGGCACAGGUUAACACUGUUAAUUGAUACUUUUGGAACUGUCAAAAAAAAACUUUAACGUUGUAAUAAGUUUUUCAUGCCGGGGAAAAUUAUAAAGCCAAAGACGUUUUAAUCUCUAGAAUCCUUUAAAAUUUCAAACGAUGUAAUAAUAUUUUAUUCAUCAGUCGGGAUUUUUGCUUAAAAAGAAUGGAGUAUGGCCCGGCCACCAAAAUCCGUUGAACUAAUCAAGCAUUUACAACAGAUUCGUUUUUUCCUUGACGGCUAUCCUUCCCAUGCUCAUCUUAUUUCGCGAACAUGAACAGUACACUUCCUUUAACGUGAGGUUAACUUUCUGGCUAUACUAAAAAUUUCGCGUGUUUCAGAUCAGAUGCUAACAAAGUUGCAAACACAAAAAAUUGGUGAUUACCGGUACAAAAUUUUCCAAUUGUUUCCAAACGCCAAACUCUAUUUUUCGUCAUACUGCGAACAGGGCCCAAUACUCGCACUUAGAUGAAAAAGUUUAAGCCCUUAGGUUGUGCACUAAUUGCGAUGAGCACAUUCGCUUUUAUAUCGGGCUGAAGCCGGAUGUGAACUUAUACCUGUUAAAAAAUAUAUACAGCUGUAGCUAAAUGUUGGUUUUAAUUUGUUAAUGAAUCACUUCCAGUAAGUUUGACUUUGUUUCUUUGGAAAACGAGAAAAAUCGUGGAUGAGACCUCGUCACUACCGAAACACUGCGGCUUAGCAUUCUCGCCAAGCCAAAUUGGUCUACUGAAUGGGUCAAACAUUUGAGCUCGGAGGAAUAAUUUCCAUGCUCUGCUAUAUUUAAGACCAUGAUCUUUAGAUACUCAGACAAGUUUUCCUGGGGAAAGAUAUCUCAUAAAGUUACCUUCAACAGACUCCUGCUUGAUAGGACUGAUUUUGAACUGCAACCCCUUAAUUUAUUAUUCAUCCAAAAUAUAUGCGCCCUUUUCUGAUUGGCUUAAAGGCCAACGGGUGUUUACCGUAUUUUGAAGAUGCGAGCAACAUAUCAUCGAUUCGAUGGUAUACAUUUCAUUGGAAACGAGGGAACUAGACAAUCGAUCAACCUCGUUUUCCAUGCGCGGCCGACUAGCUGUUAUUGACGAGUGAACUAAAAAAUGGCGUUCACGGCUAUCCGAAGAUGAAGUAGCUGAAUUUCUAACUAAAACUUCACGGAAUAAAUGCAAAAAUAUACAAAAUAUAUCGCUCGUGGAUAACAUCCUCCUUGAUCUGCAUAAUUCUUUACAUUCUACUUAGCCUCAUUCAAUAAUUGCUAAAUAUGUAAUAAUCCAACACUCUUAAAUGGCUCUGGUGUGUUGUCUCGCCUUAGCUCGCUGGCAAUUGAAUAACAAAGUAAUUUUCUGUUUCCUCCAGUUUGAUUUUCGCUGUAAUAUUGCAUUUUCCAUGUAAUGUGUGAUCAGUACAAUAAGUGUAUUCCUUUCCCACAAAACUAACGUUAGAGGUUUAUAAUACUAAACAAAGUUCAUAUACAAAGAACGGGGGCGCAGCUAUACGUUUAGGCGAUAGAAUGUGCUUAGUAUAAGGAAAAAAUCAGAUCGGAAUUGAUCAGAAUUGAUUUAAUGUAAGACAAGAGCUCUUCGCUCGCUUUUGAAUUAGUGAUGUAAAAUUUACUUUACGAAUCUUAAUGACCCAUAGAAAUGUUUUUGUUAACAGUAGAUAACAGCAAACCUGUAAAGUCAUAGGAAAAUUUAGUGAUUUUUGUAAAUAAGAAAAUAAUAAUAACGACAAUACAGAGUAACAGAAACUUUAACGCGUUCAUUCUUAUAUAGCCCCAAUUUUUUUGUAAUUACCCAUUUUUGUAUAAUUUACCCCUGUAUUUAGCCUGCGUAGCAGGCGCUUGUAAGUAGUGGGAGAAAGAGAGAACAGGCGCGCGCGAGGGAGACACGCGAGGGGUGAGUCUCCUUCUCGCGCGCCCGUUUUUUCUUGCGCCCACUACUUCCAAGCGCCUGCUACACGGGCUACCCUGUAUUCAUUAUUUAGUUCUGGUGGUUUUUUUGUUGCAAUAAAAUAAGUACUGUACCGUACCUUUAUUGUAAACAGACCAAUACCUCCGUUUGAAGAGGCAAUAAAGAUUUAGUUUCUCUGUUAAAAGCGUUGCCUGCAAACCUGAAUAACAUACCUGAGAAGAUCGAGAAGGGUGUGAUUUGCACAGUACAGUGGGGUCCACACACGUCCAAGUGCUGUAUUUUCUUUUUUUUCAGCUGUGAGCUACGUUAAGAAACAAUUGAGGUGCUGAUGGCCCGGCUGCCUGAUGUUACUUGUCGCAUAAUUUGUAGAAAACGUGCAAUGAAUUUAAUUGCGAUAACUGCUGUUUGGUGGCGAAACAUGUCGCGUUCACGUGAAAGUAGACUGCGCGGGUCACGGAAAUAGCAGGCAAAAGUAACCGCCGCCGUACGCGCGCGAACUUUAAAUAGAUUUCAAAUAAUUAUCAUGGGGUACAGGGAUUUGCUCUCUUAGCUCAUUCUUGAUAAGUAUCGGGCGCAGGUGAUGAUACAUAAAUUUUCCCUAUUUCUAGUCGGCAGUUUUUACAAGGAGCAGUCAGUUUUUUUAACGAAAGCUUUUGUUUUGAAGCAAAUAACAGAUUGAUGACGGAGCUAAAAGGACAUUUUCGUGUUUUGUGAUUUUAGAGGCCGAGCUAGGCCGGUGAAUAUCAUGAUAAAAGAUUCGAAGAUAUCGUGGCAUUUGAGCAGGUAGCUGUAAUUCUCUUUCUGAUAAUACCGGUUUGGAUUGUAAAUUGCUUGGAGGCCGUUGCAAUCAGGAUAACCGACACCUGCUUUUCAGGUGAGGGUUGCGUUUGUUUAUUUGGCCGCAUUAAAGCCUGGGACAGGUAUUAAGACUGAACAAGCAAGAGAAUGCGACAAAAAAUUAGGGAAAGAUUGAGUUAUAACGUGUACAAUGAUUAAGUGAGAUGGCUAGCACUGCAGCUAUCGUAAUAUGCAGUAUUGCCGCAUUUGAAUCACUUCUCAUUCUAACUGCCAACACCUUCACUGUAUACAUUUUCUGGUCUCAUCGAAACAAGCUAAAACGCACUUCGUUUUUGUUAAUUAACUUGGCUGUAGCAGAUUUGCUCAUCGGAUUCACAGAACCAGUAGCGAUCGGAACAGUCGGAAUACCACAGCGAUUUGGCCAAGAAUACUACGGGAAUGUUUCAACCGCAUUUCAAGCCAUGUUCGCUGCCACUUCUGUCGUCUGCCUCGUUUCCUUGGAACGAACGUUUGCAUUGAUUUGCCCAUUUCGACAUCGAGUGAUAAGCACUCGAGCUUACAUCCACAGUAUAAUUUUUGCAUGGUUUUCAGGAAUAACUGUGGGUCAUUCACUUUGCUUGCUGUAA